AAAUGCACCUACAAGAGCAGGUAAUCUAAAAAGACAUUUGCAACGUCUACAUCCUAAAAUUCUACAAGAAGUAAAUGAAAAAGAUAACAGUAGAAACACUUCAUCUAUUUUAAAAUUAGAAAAUAUCCAAAAAUUAAGUUCAGUACAAACACAAGUAUGCAAAUUCUUUGCUUCGGAUAAAGUUACAGUAACAAUGACGGGUGCAAAAUUUAAAAAUCUGAUAAUUGAAAUGGUGGUGCAAGAUAGUGUGCCUUUAAUCUUUUUUUCACGGCCAGCCUUUUUAGGCUUAAACGGUGAAAUGGCGAGAAAACUUGGAGUUUCACUAGAUAGAGAAAACAUCAGAAGGCUUAUAAUUGAAGAGGCUGUUUUGAAAAAAGAUGAACUCCGGAAAAAACUGAAGGAUCGCUUGAUAUUUAUUAAAAUGGAUGCAUGCACUCGUCAUCGAGUGAAUUAUUUUGCAAUUAAUGUUCGAUUUAUUGAUGAGAAUAAUACAAUUGUUACGAAGACAUUAGCAGUAAAAGAUACUAUGGCUCAUCACACAGGAGAGUAUCUGCAGAAGUUGGUUCAAGAGGUAUUAGAAGAUUUUAAAAUUAAAAAGGAGAAUAUUUUGUGUAUUGUAACAGAUAAUGCUUCGAAUAUGUUAAAAAUAACUGAGAAAAUGAAUCAAGAUAAUGAGAUUCCAUUAGAAGACAUUCAUGAAAUAUUCUCCAUUGACACACAAAUCGAGCCUAUAAUAGAAAAAGAGGAAUAUUUAGAUGAUAUUGUGGAGGAAGCGUCCAAUAUGUUUCAAAUCCAGCAUAUGCGAUGUGCUGUUCACACGUUGCAAUUAGCAAUAAGAGAUGGAUUAAAAGACUCUCAGGUAGCUAAAAUCAUUACAAAAUUAAGACAAGUAGCUACUGUAGCUAGAACCCCUAAAAUAGAUGCUAUUCUGAGAAGGCGUGCUAGAAAAGGAAUUAUUUUAGAUCAACCCACUCAUUGGGGAAGCACUUAUUUAAUGGUUAAACGGUUGCUCGAAUUGAAAACCUUCCUUGAAGACCUUGACAAUCCAAGUGUUUUAUUAACUGAAAACCAAUGAAAACAAACAGAAAAAUUAGAGUGUCUUGUCCUACCCUUAUACUGUUACCCUAAAAUUACAAGCUGAAGAUUUCACACCUGGAAAUUUUUUCUUACAGUGGAAAACUUUGAUGCAUCAGCUUGACAAAACUGGAGGAAUUGUUGCUAAUGUGAUUUUAUCUUCAAUGAGAAAAAGAGAUUCAGUUGUUAGACAAUAAAAAUCUUGUUAGCCGCUAUUUACGUUGAUCCAAUGAAUCGAAUUUUACUAAAUGACAAUCAAAUUGCCUCGGAUAAAGAAAAGCUUCAUGAAAUUGCUAUUCGCUUGAAAAAAGGUUGGGAACCACUGGUUUAGAACAUUUCAAAGCGAAGCGAAGACGUUUAACAAAUCAAGAAACUAACCCGACAGAAAUUGAAAAAAUAAAAUUUGAACAAAAUUUUUUAAAUGGGCUAAUUGAAAUAGAAAAGUAUGACCGUUUUUCAAAAUUGAAUGUAGAAGAAGCUUAUUUCAAUUUAUCCAGAAAUUAUUUGCAAUGCAGCUAGAUCUGUCACAGCAAUGCUCCCAACACAAGUCAGUGUGGAAAGAUUAUUUUCAGCUUUGAAAAUAAUUAAAGCUGAUUUAAGGGCAUCUAUGAAGGAA